AUGCCUCGCUCAGUUCCACAGCUUGCUCCUUCACGGGGCGAGCAAGACGAGGCUCAGAUAGACACCCCUGCCUCUCGUACAGCCCCUCCGUCACCAACCGCUCACCGCCGCCGAAGCUACCUAUCCGAAGAACAUACCGGGUACCAGUCGCUGGACUCCCACCUAGAAGCUAGUGAGACUACAAGUCUACUGGGACCACCGGCUCAACCACAGCGCCGAGCUCCACGUCGUUCAUAUACUAGCAUAUCAGGGGUAUCGGGCCCCGACUCACUACGCUAUCUCCUGGGUGCGGGGAGCUUGCGUCGGGUACGAAACCACAGUCGGACAAACUCGGUACGGAGGCAAAUUAGUCGGCGGAGUAGUAUCGGAGAGACCGAUGGUCUUUUAGAUGGGGAUGGAGAUGGGUACGGUGAAAGAUCAGCCAGUUUGCCACCGUCGACAAAGAACGGACUGACUGCGUCAUCGUUCCUGGACGAGCGCACCUGGUACGAUCAAUUUACAUCAACAGAUUGGGUACACGAUAGUAUUGCAGACGGAGCACGACUUCGUCAAUUACGGCGGAGGAAGGAUGUUCGUGGCCGACUAUUGGCAGUGUUCGACAGCGCACAGGGUUGGAUUCUCGUGGCCUUGACAGGUUGCAUCACGGCCGCAAUUGCGUACUUUGUGGAUGUCACUGAGAGCAGGGCAUUCGAUGCGAAGCUCGGAUUCUGUCAUUCGCGCUGGUUUGCAAGUCGGAGCAUAUGUUGCGAUGGUGCGUCAACCUGUGAUGCGUGGAGGUCAUGGGCGCAGAUCUUCAGACCUUCUGGUACGGAUAAUAAAUGGAUAGACUUUGUGAUGUUUGUCAUCUCGGUGAUCAUUCUUGCAAUGAUAUCAUGCGCCUUGACUCUUCUCACAAAGACUGUUGUACCAUCUUCGAUCUCUUUAGCCACCCUCGACGAAAACCUGGGGGCCGAUGCCCGUGGGAAGACUUUUAGCACUGGCGGUUCAGGCUCUCCGGAGUCCCAAACGAGCCCCCAUGGAACCUUUCCAAAUACGCCUUCUCGGCCGGCAAUGAUAUAUUACUCUGCUGCUGGUAGCGGAGUUGCGGAGGUGAAGGUGAUCAACAGUGGAUUUGUUUUGCAUGGGUACCUUGGUUUCAAGACUUUGAUUAUUAAGACGAUUGCUCUGAUAUUCAGUAUUUCAUCUGGUCUGAGCCUGGGAAAGGAGGGGCCAUAUGUUCACAUUGCUACUUGUGUGGGCAAUGUUCUCUGUCGAUUGUUCGCCAAGUACAACCAAAAUGACGGGAAAAGGCGAGAAGUACUGAGUGCUGCUGCUGCGAGUGGAGUUGCGGUGGCCUUCGGCGCACCUAUCGGAGGUGUUCUUUUUAGUCUUGAAGAGGUCAGCUACUAUUUCCCACCUAAGACGCUCUUCCGAACAUUCUUUUGUUGCAUCGCGGCUGCUUUGUCCUUGAAGUUUCUCAACCCAUACGGCACUGGGAAAAUUGUUCUUUUCGAAGUGAGAUACCUUUCGGACUGGGAGAUGUUCGAGAUCUUCAUCUUCAUCUUCCUCGGCAUACUCGGAGGUGCGGUUGGCGCCCUUUUCAUUAAAGCAUCCAGCUUGUGGGCGCGAUCGUUUCGUCGGAUCCCUGCAAUUAAACGGUGGCCUAUGCUCGAAGUCUUUUUGGUCGCAAUUGUCACUGGGCUAGCCAGCUUCUGGAACCGAUAUACCAAAUUAAGCGUUAGUGAGCUUCUAUUUGAGCUCACCAGUCCCUGUGAACGCCUCUCCCAAGAUGGCACUGGAUUAUGUCCUCACGAGGGUGGUAUAUUGGAUACUAUCAAAUACCUACUUGCUGCACUCGUCAUAAAAAGUUUUCUCACUGUUAUCACCUUUGGUAUUAAAGUUCCAGCUGGUAUUUACGUCCCGUCAAUGGUGGUUGGUGGUUUGAUGGGUCGAAUAGUCGGGCAUGUCGUCCAAUACUGGGUGGCUAAUAACCCGACCUUUUUCCUAUUCAACUCUUGCCCUGCAGUCCCUGGAAUGGAGUCUUGUGUGACUCCAGGAGUUUACGCUCUUGUUGCUGCAGGUGCCACAAUGUGUGGAGUCACUCGACUAUCAGUGACAUUGGCUGUGAUACUCUUUGAACUGACAGGAAGUUUGAACCAUGUUCUUCCAUUCUCACUUUCUGUCCUUUGUGCCAAAUGGACGGCAGAUGCGAUCGAGCCCCGCAGUAUCUAUGACUUCUUAACCGACAUGAACGCCUAUCCCUUCCUCGAUAACAAACUCCAACCUCUUUCAGAAGCUGAGCUUGGUGAUAUCGUUCGGCCCGUACGAAGAGACCGUAUAAUCGAUAUCUCUAACUCACCAUUUGUUGCUGCAACGGAUCUUCGUCUGAAGCUCGAGCAUCUCCUGAUGGCAGGCGAACUUGAUAGCGGCUUACCGAUUCUACGAGAUGGUAUCCUAGCAGGCUUGAUUCCGGCUCCUGAUCUAGAGUUCGCAUUAGACAGCCUUGGUGACGACGAGGACAACGCAGUUUGCCUAAUGGCACUAGACUCCUCACUUGCAAUCUACGAAAGCGAUAAUGAAGAUGUUGUACAGGAGGAUUUCACCCGCUACAUCGACCCUGCCCCCAUUGCCCUUGACGUGCAUUCUCCCAUCGACUUGGUUUACCAGUGCUUUGCCAAGCUCGGUCUCCGAUAUCUCUGUGUGCUCCACAAUGGCCACUACGCUGGCCUCGUGCACAAAAAGGCAUUUGUGAAAUUUAUGAAGCAGAACGAGUAA